ACGGGAGUUUGAUCAUCAGAUCCACAUUAAACACGAUCAGAGCUGAUAAUGUUCACAGACAUGGACUAUGAGCUGGAGGAGGAUAAACUUGGGAUUCCCACAGUUCCUGGAACAGUGACUCUGAAGAAAGACUCACAGAACCUGAUUGGGAUCAGUAUUGGGGGCGGAGCUCAGUUCUGUCCCUGUCUCUACAUCGUACAGGUGUUUGAUAACACUCCGGCCGCUCUGGACUGGACUCUGGCCGCUGGCGAUGAGAUCACAGGAGUCAACGGCAAACCGGUGAAAGGAAAGACUAAAGUAGAGGUGGCCGAGAUGAUCCAGGCAGUGCAGGGUGAAGUCGUGAUCCAGUAUAACAAACUGCAGGCCGACCCGAAGCAGGGCAAAUCUCUGGAUAUCGUGCUGAAGAAGGUGAAGCAUCGUCUGGUGGAGAACAUGAGUUCAGGAACCGCAGACGCUCUGGGACUCAGCAGAGCCAUUCUGUGCAAUGAUGGUCUAGUGAAGAGGCUGGAGGAGCUGGAGAAAACCGCUGAACUUUAUAAAGGACUGAUGGAGCACACAAAGAGACUUUUAAGAGCUUUCUAUGAGCUCUCGCAGACUCACAGAGCUUUUGGUGACGUGUUUUCCGUCAUCGGUGUCCGUGAGCCACAGGCCGCCGCCAGCGAAGCCUUCGUGAAGUUUGCUGAAGCUCAUCGAAACAUGGAGAAGUUCGGCAUCCAGCUGCUGAAGACCAUCAAACCCAUGCUGCAUGAUCUGAACACGUAUCUGCACAAAGCGAUUCCUGACACCAAACUCACCAUCCGCAAAUACCUGGAUGUCAAGUUUGAGUACUUGUCGUACUGUCUGAAGGUGAAGGAGAUGGAUGAUGAAGAGUACAGCUGUAUCGCGUUAGGAGACCCGUUGUACCGCGUCAGCACCGGUAACUACGAAUACCGUUUAAUUCUGCGCUGUCGACAGGAAGCUCGCGCACGAUUCGCCAAGAUGCGCAAAGACGUUCUGGAGAAAAUCGAACUCCUGGACCAGAAACAUGUCCAGGAUAUCGUGUUCCAGCUGCAGCGCUUCGUCUCAGGGAUGUCGCGCUAUUACGACGACUGCUAUGCCAUGCUGAAAGAGGCCGACGUGUUCCCCAUCGAGGUGGAUCUGUCCCGAACCAUGAUCAACUACAGCGCACAGAGUCUCUCAUAUGAGGAGGAGGAGGAAGAGAUGAGCAGAGGAGGAGAGGACGACGCUCCGCAGACUGAGAACGGAGCCGAGAAACUCAUCGACGACGAGUGAGUGAGCAAACGAAUGAAUUAUCAGAUGAAAUAAUAAAGAAAUCAAUGAAGGGAAAGUGAACGAUCUCAUUGUGACA